AGUUGUGUUUGCAAACAGUGGUAUCUUCGCGAAAACUGUAGUAUCCUUCUCUGGUGAAAGCGUUUCUCUUUGACAAUUGACAACAUCGCUGUUGAUUAUUGAUGGCUGGGUCUGCGUGUGCAUCUUGCUGUAGUGCCUCUGCGUUAAUUCCAAAAUCACCGAUUCCAAUUGCAGUGAUCGUUGGCGGUAGUGCAAGAAGUUUCACCGCUAACAACAGAAUUUAUCGCUUACGGGUUAGGUCUUCUAUGGUUGAUUCCUCUUCCUCCUCCGAUUUCAUUAAGCGCGUGGAGCAAGCUUGGUUAAUCUCUCAGCAACCAAGGCCAGUCAUAUGUUCAUCUUGCAACUCAAAAGGGCAUAUUGAAUGCAAAUGGUGUGGGGGUACUGGUUUUUUUGUUCUUGGCGACAACAUGCUCUGUGAAGUUCCAUCCAGAAACACUAAUUGUAUUAUUUGCUGUGGAAAGGGAUCAAAAUGCUGCUCUAAUUGUCAAGGAACGGGCUUUCGUGCAAAGUGGUUGGAAGAACCUCCUACAUCCUAGUAGAAAAAAUACUACUAAAAUGGUGUGGACAUAGGAUUUAAUUCGACCGGGAGGAUUGAAGUUGCAUUAUACCUCGGGUUUGCAUAUGUCUGAUUGAUGCAGCAGUUAUUUUAACUGCAGAUUACUUCUAUGUUGUACAAUAUUGUCUAGUUGUUUUUUCCGCAAGCGCUGAUUAUGUUGUAAUUUUUUCUUUGUAUAACAUGUACAAGUGUAAUUAUUUUACCAAAUAAAACACUGUAUUCUUGAAUCCACUGAUGCAGUUUCAGUUUGAAAUAUGUAAAUGCUAGGUUUCAAUAUA